AUGCUUCCCAGAGGAGGGGGCCUUGAUGCACGGGCGGUGGACUCAAGGGAUGUUCAGGUAGAGGUGUGCCGCCGAGGACUUCAAAUCUUGACCCUGUUAAAAAAAGUUCAUUUCGUUCCGGAAUUCGCUACCCUGUUUAAGACAAGAGACCUUUUAGUUUAUGAUUCUGGUUCGUUUCAAUUUACACAAAGGCGAAGACUGAGAGGGAAUACCCUUUUCCCUUUUUGCCCUUUUCUCCCCCUCCCCUCCCCUAUUUUACACCUGCCCAAUUAACCGCCCAAAAGAGUAAAGCCACAUACUCCAGUAUCCAACAGUACGUUUGAAAAAUCAACCCCCUCCCCCCGUUUCUUUUCCUGCGUGGGCUCACGGUGCACCACGACACGAAUCGGAUGCCAAGAGACCACGUAACAACUUUGCAUCAGUCUAUUUUUAGCAAAGUAUUGUAAUCAGUGCACCAUUUGUUUUUCCUUGUACAAGGUAUAAAAACCCGUUGAUUCUCUUGCUGGAUCAUGGAACAGGCUCGAGAAAAGAAACGGACAGGCUCGACAUCAACUCAGUCAUCCUUGAACGCUAAAGGGACUUCACUGCGGUAUGAUCAGUUUAACUGCCGUGAAAGUAAGUAGCAAUUUUUCUUCAUACUGAAAACAUUCUGUAAGAUUUCAUCCAAAUCAUCCAUUUUUCAUCCAAUCCAGACUGCGCAAUUAUCAACGAUGAAUAUUUGGGGUGUUCUUGUAAGUUUUUCUUGCACUGCAAAAGUUGUCUGUUCUUUCGCGGGAUUCUGUCUGUAAUUGUUAGCUACCGCUUUGUUAAAGUGAAAAGUUCGAUUGGGCAAGCUAAAGUUGAAAGUUAAAAUUAUAGUUAUGUACCACCAAAACGUAUUUGUAUAGAUCAUACAGUUGCUUCUUGACUUUUCACAAUUGAAUUAAAGCGGCCAAAUCAGUGCUUAAAGUUAACGGCUAGUGCGCAAGCGGUGAGGUUUAAUCAUAUGGCCAACAAAAAAGGCAGGGAAAAAAAAUCAAUAAAAAUUCGUGUUUAUAGUUAUGUUAAGGUAACAGUAUUUCAUUUUAAUAAAAAAAAAAGUGAAGUGAAACUUUGGAUUUCAUUCGCAAAAUAAAAAAAUACAGAACUAUAUUUCAUGUCUCAGGCACUUCACCAAAGGGCUGAGAGAGAUAUGUGAUCUCGGAUUAAUUUUCAGAUCCUCUCUUUUUAUUAUACUUUCUUUUACGGUAGAGUAAAUAGAGACAAAUCUUCUAUUCUGUAUGCUAAGCAGUUUUCUAAAAACUGAAAUCAGCAAAAUAAUAGGAAGUGACGUAAGGUUAAAACGUUUUACCCCGGCUUUUAAUCGUUCUUCAAGAAAAUGUUCUUAAAAUAAAAUAUUCUUUUUUUGUUGUUGUUUUUGAACUGUGGAGGAAUUCCUUUGGACUGGAGUGACCAAUAUUCAAAUGAAGUUUUUUAGUAGAGGUGCAUUGUUUGAUCUGUUAAUCAGUGUUUUACAGAAUGAUUUUGGCUUUGGCCAUUUAGAUUUGACUUAUGUCACUUUAAGAGUUCAAUUAAGGUAUCAUUGAACGGAAAAGAAAACAUGUUUAAACAAGGUAUUACUAAACACCGAAAGGUUUGACCUCCGGAACCCGUCAGUGUCUCAAUGCUUCCGUCAUCACAGAGAGCGAUUACCAUGGUCAAUUUCCCUUUCAAUUUCUCGGGAAAAGGGUAACUUGUAUCAAGGGCACACCCUUCGAAUUGUCUAUAUUUUCAGUGAACGAAACUAGUUCCAAGUCGAAAUCCCUCAUUGCGGAGAAACAUAAAAAAGGUAUUUGCCUGUGAAAAUAUUUAUAUCUUCCCUUCAUAAUCGGAUCGCAGUCCCAAUUAUUAGCUGCUAAAAUGAAUGGCCUAUCCCUAGAGACUAUGUUAGCGUAAAAUUCCGACAAGCGACAUGCCUUGAAACUGCGACGUAAGACUGGAGGAAAUGGCGACUAACGACAUAAAGAUAGGUUAAAUACCAACAAGGACAAGGCCUCCUCCUCAAAAUGUGAAAUGCCCACAUUUGAAAUUCAGACUAGGGACGAACUUAUCCCCAACCCCCCCCCCCACCCCUCUCCCCCCCGCGCCUGCCCCUUUGCCCCCACAUUCAACGGCCCCUUUAAUUACUCACAAAAAAUCUAGCCCCAAGAGAGCCCUUCCGCACAGUCUCUCCUUUUCUACCUGAAUCCAACGAAGCACUAUGUUAUUGCCCAUCCCUAUGGGCGUAUGUUACGUAAAAAUCCCAAAAGGCGUGUGCCCUGAAACUGCGAAGAAAAGAUGGGGGAAAUGGCCACCAACGAAAUAAAGAGAGGUUAAAUACCAACAAGGACAAGGCCUCCUCCUCAAAAUGUUAAAUGCCCCCAUUUGAAAUUCAGACCAGGGACGAACUUAUCCCCAACCCCCCCCCCCUUCCCUCCCCCCCAGGUCGUUGCCCUGUUCUAUCAAAUUUGAAGACGCUUUUAAAUUGCAAAAAAUGAUUACAGUCAAGCAGGAGCCCUGAGUCACGGCAUCUCUUUCCAAUACGGACACCUUUGGGGCUAUAUGUCCGUCUUAGGAAGAUUUACAGAGUCAUCUGAAAGGAGUAAGGAAGGUAGGGACGGGGCAGGAACUAACUCUAGAUCUCCGUUUUACCUAGGUGUCCUUUAAGAGCCCUGAGAGUUGACUGUACGUCUUAUAUCUUUUCUUUCAGGUUACUCUAUAUCUUAUGAUAGGAGGCUGGCUUAUCUCCGAAGUGCUGCUGAGUCCUGUUAAAUUCGACCAACUCCUAAAGAAGCCGACAACAACUAAAGAUCAGCUUCGUUUACUAAACCAAGUAACUGACAACAGGUUUCCUAACCACACACUAUCAGAGAAAGACAGCAACGCCACCGUCGACAGUCGGAACGUUCUUCACCGUCUCAGACGUUCUUUUCAUCCUUGUGAGAAGAGAAGAGUAUUCAAGUAUAACAACUGUCUAAAAAGACAUGUUGAAGAAGCUCACUGCAAACGACAACAUGUUGGAUGUCUCCUGGAUGGGCAUCCACCACCAACGUGCAAGAAAAAUUAUGAACUCUUCUUCGGCGAGAAUGGAGCUUGUCAUGUUGCAACAAGUUGUUCUUGUGCAUGA